CAACUCGCCGAGUGUUGGCCCUCGACUAUCCCUGAAGCUUUUUGAAGGUUUGUUUGCCUGGAAUACAAAGGGAACAUUGUUUUCUUCUUCUUCUUCUUCAGGGUUUAAUACCUCACCUCAGCUCUCUGGCACAUUUUGGCGUCGCGAUGUCAUAUUUACUUUCCUGCACUUGCUGGAACAGGUGAAUUGUGCUCAUAUACCAAAGAGUGACAGAGAAGCGACACAGUAUACGUCUGACUGCAAAAGAAACAUGGAUCACCUCACCUCCAAACGUUUUCAUCUUCUGCUCUUCAUCGCUCUUUGUGUCGUUCCUGGAUCACUGGCCCAGACUUCGAUCCCCAGGGGCUGUGGAGAUAAUGUGGGCUCCUUGUAUUUCAGCCUGUGUGACCUGACUGCAGUCUGGGGUGUUGUAGUUGAGGCGUUUGCAGCUGCUGGUUUGGUGGCGACCCUGAUUCUUCUGAUCGUGCUGCUAGCCAGCCUUCCUUUCAUCACUGACAAGAAGUGGCGCAGUUCAAUGGGGCUUCACGCAGGCUUCCUCAUCUUCACAUUUGGACUGUUCGCCCUCACAUUCGCCUUCAUCGUUGGAAGAAACUUCGCUACCUGCACGUCACGCCGCUUUCUUUUCGGUGUGCUGUUCGCCGGUUGCUUCUCUUGCCUUCUCAUGCACGCCAUCAGGUUGAACAUACUGGCCAGGAGGAACUCAGCGCCCAGAGGUUGGGUUUGGUGCUUGGGAGCUCUGGGACUCUGGCUGGUAGAAGUUGUCAUCAACACCGAAUGGCUAAUCAUUACUAUUGUACGAUACCCAACUAACAUCACUGGAAUUCUGGCUACUGCUACCGCUAUUCCCUGUAAUAUCGAAAACCAGGAUUUUGUCAUGGCGCUCAUUUAUGUUCUAAACCUACUAUUGGCUGUCGUGGUGGCAUCCGUACCCAUAUUGGCAGGUAAGCACAAGCGUUGGCGCAAAGAUGGAGCCUUCAUCCUGGUCUUAGGACUGCUUUCGGUGGGCAUCUGGGUGGCGUGGAUUCUCAUGUUUGUUUACGGGAACGCAAAGCACGGUGGGCCGACGUGGGAUGACCCCACAUUGGCUAUAGCAUUGGUGUCAAACGCUUGGGUGUUUCUGCUGCUCCACACGGUGCCGGCGGUGUGUAGCCUGAGUGAGGAAGAUGAAGAUGCAGCUGCAGCUGUUGAGGAAAAUCUGUACCCCAGCAGAGGGUACGAGAACAUUCUGAAGGAGCAAAGUGCACAGAGCAUAUAUAUGGAGAAUAAGGCCUUCUCUAUGGACGAGCCCACUGCAGGUAAUAAGCCUGUGUCCCCAUACAGCGGCUAUAACGGCCAACCCCGAAGUUGUGUUUACCAACCGACAGAACUAGCCAUCAUCACCAAAGGAGUGGUCAAUCAACGGAUGGAAUCAUAUGACAAUAUAAUUCCACGAGCAUCCACAGGCACUCCUCCCAGAGCCCAGGGCGGCCACACCAGCCCCUCCGCACAACUUGAUGAUAUGAGACAAAUAUAUACAAAUGUAUGAGGGGGUGGAAGAAGGAUUCAGAUCUAAUAAACUAAACUGGAAAUUUCAACAGAAGACCCCAGUGAUCAGCUCACACCGACUUGUUUUUUUUUUUUUUCUGGUGUUUCUAAAUUAAGAUUUGUGAUUUUGUUUUUCUUUCCAUCGCUGUGGUCAACUACAUAGACCAACUUCUGUGAACUCAGACUAACUGAGCAACAAUUAGUUGGUUUGCUCCACUGAAAGCCAAUGUGUUGGGUUUUCUCAACCGCUGAAGACAUUGAGACAUUGAACAAUAUGGCUUGGUUGUGCA